AACGCGAUUUCUUCUCCGUUCGAUCAGUUGAUUUGGAAAUUGAGAGGUGGAAUUGAUAGAAAGAGGGAACAAAAAUGGUGAAUCAGCGAACAGACAAGUUGCUGAGAAGAACAACUAUGGUGGCCACUGUCACUGCUUCAUACUUUCUCUUAACCGCCGAUUAUGGCCCUCAACCCAAUUUUCUCGAUCCUAUCAAAAAGUUUAUACUGUCAGCAGAAAGUUCUAUGAAGGGUUUCAUCUUUGGAUCAAAUAAGCAUUCUCAAGAAAGCCAAACAGAGAAGCUUGGCUCCAAUGGCGUCAAGGACAAUCCAUGAUACGUAGGCUUCGAGGAUUUAGUUACGGUUUUAUGUGUAUAUAUUUUGAAUCUGCAGUUUUUUAUUAUACAUUUCCAAAAGCUUAGGUUGAGAUCAAGCGUUAGUAAACCUUUUGGAGGAGUCAAAUAAUGCAGUUUGUUUAGAUUCUAAGAUGUCUAACGAAUUGGUAAUAACCAAAUCCAGUUAGCAUAUUAACAUCAGAGAUUUAAAUUACUUAUAGCAUAUUUCUGGAUUGGUCUAUGUUCAUUUUUUUUUAACUUUUAUUAUCUGAUAUCGCAUCAAGUGGUUUAUGAGAGACCACUCUUAGUUAUUUUAAACUCCUGUAAAAAAUGAACAUAAUUAGAUUACCAAUAGUUAUUCUAAACUAAACUCUUGUAGAAAAAUGAACAUUGUUCUGAUUUGGGAGUUUUAGUGAAAUGUGAGUUUGUGCUGAAA